UGACGUAUCUGCCAUCAGGCGAGAGUGUGAGGCCGGCCUGGUAGGGUAGCCAGUGCACCGUGCGAUCGAUCGGGAUGCCGAAGCUGCAGAGGUACAGAGGAGUGAGGCAGAGGCACUGGGGCUCCUGGGUCUCCGAGAUCCGCCACCCGCUCAUGAAGACGAGGAUCUGGCUGGGCACGUACGAGACGGCGGAGGACGCGGCGCGGGCGUACGACGAGGCGGCGAGGCUCAUGAGCGGGCCAGCGGCGCGCACCAACUUCCCCUCCACCAACGGUGUUGCCGCCGCCGCCGGCGGCGGCCUCUCCGCGACCCUGCGCGCCAAGCUGGAGAAAUGCUGCAUGGCGACGGCGCCGCCGGUGCAAAACGUCGAGGCGACCAAGGCGGCGAGGACCGGAGGCGGCGCCGCUCGCCGAAACAGGGUCGAGGACGUCGUCAAGCGCGUGGACGAGGAGGAGGAGUGCAUCGAGGAGAUGAUCAGGGAGCUCACCCACUACGGCUCCGUGGAGAUCGUCGCCCCCUCCGCCUGCUCCAGCUCCGUCGUCUAGCUAGGCUAGCCCGCCGACCACCGUCCAGCCAGACCGGCCGCUCCCCUAGCUAGCCAGCCAGUCCAUGUCCAUCAGAACAUCCCCUUCGUCUCUCCCGACUUGUUUUUUGUUAGGUAAAAGAAAAUAACAUGUAGCAGUAAACCAGUACUAAUAUACACCCCAUAUCCAUCCAUUA